CAGGAAUCUUUUGCCCAACAUGGGGCUCAAACCCAGGACCCUGAGAUUAAGAGUCUUGUGCUCUACUGAUUGAGCUAUGUUCCUUGCUGCUGUUUUAUAUACAGUACCGACACACACACACACACACACACGUGUUUUAUGUUGAAAUCUGACUUGUGAAUUGGUUUUAUUCAAGAGGCAGGAUAUAAAUAUUUUAAAGAAAUGGUAUUAAAAAUACAGUUGACCUUGAAUCAUAGCUCCGUGUCGAUCAGUUUCUUGUUUCCAGCCGGCCUUGGAACCAACCCUGGAGAUUUCCACAUCCCACACACUGCCGUUUCUAUGUAACUAGCACUCUCAAUAUUUUCAAAGUAGACGCUUGCAAUGUUGGACUUCUGCAGUCCUCCAUUCUGGUAAAAGAUAAUGGCUCAAAAGGUAGGUGUGUGUGUGUGUGUGUGUGUGUGUGUGUGUACAGAUAUCUAAUGAAUAUAAAUAACUCAGUUUCAGAGACAUAACAGUUAAUAACUGUAGCAAAUAAAAGGACUCGGACAGCAAACCUCCCAGGAGUCUUAGCUUUCAGUGAGUGACAGGUACAUUAACUGGAGAUGAUUGGACUGCAUCCAGUCAGUUUAUAAAUGGAGCAGUCAGGAGUAGUAGAAGCACAUUGCAAGCAUGUAUAAACACGAGAUUUAUCCCGGGAACAUUUAAUUAAACUGGAAAGGUAAUGUGUAACUCUUCCAUUUCAGGGAGCACUACAUUGGAGUCAGAUGAGUUACUGUACAGGGGGGAACACUUUGUCAAGUUCAGGGUAUGCAUACAGCAUGUAUGACAUGGGAUGAAAGCAGCCGGAGAAAUGCCACUGCUUCUCUUCUUUGUCUGUUAAACUGUGCUGGACUGGUUGGUUUAAGCAGGGGAAUUGGUAAGUCGCUGCAAAGACACCUAUCCUUUAGAAGCAAGCAAACAAAUAAAGAAAUUAGUAUGAGAAAACAUUGCUUUAAAAUUUAUUUUAUAGUAUCUUGUUUUCACUGUAAGGCCCUGAUGAGUCUGCUGGACUGAAAUGUGGGGUAUAGAGGCAGAAAAGAACAAACUGUGUUUAUCAUUUGUGGUUUGUUGGGAUGGGGCGAAACAAACCCUGAACCUUGGCUCAGAGGUAAUGCUAAACCAGACCAUGGCUUGUCUUCCAACAGUGCAGCAGCAGCAGCAGCAGGAGUGGUGGGGAUCAGUGGCAGAGGAACCCUCUCCGGCACCCGGGGCGGCACAGCCUGUACAAACUGCGCAUGUGUGGCAUCCCGUAUGGACUGCACAUGUGCAGUGACUGAACAGGAUGCUGCACAUGCGCAGUCCAUACGGGCUGACGCUCGUGCAUGGCGACGGUACAGGCUGCCACGUGAGCACCAUCCCAUACGAACGCCGCACAAGCGGCGCCCAUAUGGACUGCAGGCCCCCUUGGCUGCUCUACAGCUGGGGGGAGGCAGGGGCCAUCUUGUCACCCCUCCCAGAGUGGCGCCCGGGGGGACCCGCCCCCUCUUCCUACGCCACUGGUGGGGAUGAGGGAGGAAGCGCUCACAGCUUCAGCAGUGAACAUUGGUACACUGCACAGAGCAUAGUUUAAUUUAGCUACGCUUUAAAGAAAUGUGCAAACCAGACCAGAGUGUUAUUCAGUAACAGGCAACCUGUGCUGGGUCAUACAGGCCUGUCACGAGGGCAUUUGGAGCUGCUGGUUUUUGCGUUGCAAUUUCUGAGAGUGUAAUUUUAGAGGUUAGAGCAAAGGAGACAGGGUUAAUCGAGCAAUAUCUUCCAGCAUACACUGUAAUAAAGCCCUUCUGUGUGCUAAGUAAAUGCCAGCUUAUUUCCGGACUAUGCUGUAAUGUGCUAGCUGCACAAUUAUAUUUUUCUUGAAUAACACUGUACAAGCAGCCUGCUGCAUAGCAUCCUUGUUCUGCUGGACACCACCAGCCUAAUGAAGCUGAGUUCAGUGAAACUUUGAAAGAGAAUGGGCGAAUCUGCCAGUACUGGUUUCUCUCAGUUUCCUAUUUUUAAGUUCAGUUCACCACAUUUCUUCAUCAGGUCCUCAUGAAUAUUCACCAGCAUUUUAGUAUGAAUUUCUCCAGAUAUACACAUUUUUGUAAGCUAUUUCCCAUAAUAUAAUGUUGAGAAGAGCAGGGCUUCAUUGUCCAAACUAGCUGCAGCUUGCAACCGCUUGAAUGCUAAGACAGCCCCACAGGUUGAAGGUUCAUGGGGAUCCCAGACCUACACUGGUGAUAUAUUGGUUAAUUCAAGAAAAUUUAACUGCACACACACACAUCACUGUCUAAGUGGAAUUGUUCAGUGAAGUAGAAUAGUCUCGCUAGUGACAUUCCCUAUGCCCGUGUAGCUAUGUUUUUUUCUUCCCGGCACUGUAUUCCAUGUUGCUAAGGUAAUUUCCCUUUCUGAACGUCUGUGGCCCCAUAUCACCUCUUCACCUCAACUCAGAAAUCAAAUGCAAAGGUCGGAAUUACCACUCCAGGAAGCCUCUCAGCAGGGACAGCAAACUCUGAACAACAGCAAAAAAAUAAAUAAAUGUCCCAACAUUUGCUACCUUGAGAUGUUAGUCUCACCCUGAUCCUUGGUGGGGUCUGCAUGCAGUCUGCUUAACUUUCUUCUCGUUCUAAACUCUCUCUCUCUCUUUCUCUCAUUUUUAGGUGAGCAAAGAACAUCCUUCCAGAGCAAGUCUGUAAAAAGCUACUGCCUUCUUGAAAAUUGCUCUGAAGAAGACACACCUUUACCACAGGGCCUACUGGAAGCUGCCAAAUGAUAAUGGCCAGGAAGAGGGGUGGUGUUCUGUCAAAGGAUCUCAUUUACUUAAUUGUUUAGCCAAAAGCUGAAAUGUCUGGAAACCACAAAGUCAUGGCCCUUAGAAGUCCGCAUUGUUCUGUACUCUCACAACAUUAUAAUAGAGUGAUUUCAUCACCGUUAUUUUCAUCUUUUCUCUCCUUCAGUUCUUUUUAAAUAGUAAACUAGUGAGGCUGUCCUAUAGAAUGAUGGCUCUAUAGAAUAUAUUGAAUAUCCUUUACUGGACCAAGUAAUUGUAUAAAAUAGGAAUGCUCUCCAAACCUUAACUUUAGGAAGAGUUGUUUAGAGCAACAACAACAUUAAAAUCCUCCUCUGCCUUUAACAACAGCCCAACAUGCGGAUGUAGUCAGAGAAGCUUAACCUGCUAUAUGUCUCUGGAUCAGGCUAGUGAUAUAAGUACAGUAAAAAUAAAUAAAUUUAAGUGGCAAGUCUAGUUUUGGACCAGAGGUUAUAGCAUAACAAAAAUCACCCUGAACAACUUAGCAUCAUCAGCAAAUUUGGCUACCGCACUGCUUACCCCUAGCUCCCGCUCAUUUAUGAACAAGUUAAAAAGCACAGUGCAGAUGACAGAAUUAGAUAAGCUUAUGCUAUGCACUUCUGUAUUGAAUAAACAUGACGGAAA